AUGUUGAACCCUGGUAUCUAUGAGAAUUUGAAGGCUCGAGAUAGUGCCGCUCCCUCGUCCCAUAGCGCAGAUACUAGUCUCCCUCAAUUUCGAACUCCCGAAGCAGCCGAAGUCCAUAUCCAGGAAUCUCCAGUUACAUACGAUCUUCCGUCGUCGUCGUCCUCUUCCUGGCCAGAUGAUCUCCAUCCCACGACUGUCCUAUUUCCCCGUGGAAAGGUCACCUUCAAAGUCACCUUCGACUUUGGUAAGAAAACCGUGCAUCCUACUCCAACCCAGCAAUCAACAAGAACCAUCGUAAAACGGUUUAUCCUGGACGCCAUGGGGAGCUUAAUUCAGAAUGUUGAGUUCAACAUUGAGUUCGAGAACGAUUGGAUUGGGAAGAAUACAGAGAUCACCUUUUCUGUGGUUGGGGGACAGGAGUGUCCUGCAGCGGGGUCUGCUCCUGGUCGGAGAAGUUUGAGGAAUAGGCGAAGUGAGGGUGAAGGGUCGAAUUGGUUGACAGAGUCGGUGAGCGGUACAAUGGGCAAGAGAAGUGGCUCUGGGUGUCAUGGUGGGAUGUUGGACAAAGGAGCGGGCACUUGGGUGUUGAAGAAUUCGAUGGAUAGACCUAUUUAUGGACCUGUACCUCAGCCAAAGGCAGGCGGAAAGUAG